AUUUAGGUAACACGUGUUUGGAUAUAGUGCCCGUUACGGAAAUUUGUUUUCUUCAUUUUGCAUGCUGCAAUCUGCGGCAAAAGCUUCAAUCAGCUAAUAAAAAUGCAGAUAUUGUCGUUUUCACGGGUAAUUUUGACGAAUUGCCUUUCGGUUUUCACUUUUCACACAGAAAGCUCAAGUGAUUCUCAGCCUCUGAUUUGGUCCGUUAUAAAUUUAUCAUCAUGACGUUUGCCAAAUUGCUACUCCAUUUGACAUUGAAUCAUUGAAUCCUUCUUCUCACCCAUACUCUGUCGCCUUCUCGCCUGAAAACCUUACUAAUUAAACCAUGUCUUCCGGCGCCGGCGGCCGUAGAAAUGGUGUCCACGUGCUUAUGUUCCCGUUCCCAGCUCAAGGUCACAUCCUUCCAAUGCUAGAUUUCACUCACCAGCUCGCAAUCCGAGGCCUAACCAUCACAAUCUUAGUCACUCCCAAAAACGCCCCCGUUUUAGACCCUCUUCUCUCAUCUCAUCCCUCAAUUCAAACCUUAAUCUUCCCAUUUCCCGACCAUCCUUCCGUCCCGCCCGGGGUUGAAAACGUUAAGGACAUCGGGAAUCAGGGGAAUGGUCCUAUAAUCUCUGCUCUCAGCAAAUUACACGACCCAAUUCUUCAGUGGUUUAAUUCCCACUCCAAUCCUCCGGCAGCCCUCAUCUCCGAUUUCUUUCUGGGCUGGACUCACGAUUUAGCCCACCAGAUCGGGAUUCCCAGAGUUGUUUUCUACUCCUCCGGUGCGUUUUCCACUGCGGUUAUGCAGAAUCUGUGGGUUAAUUUCGAUUCAAUUACAGUCCCCACCAGCGUGGUGGAUUUUCCGGAUUUGCCUAGAUCUCCGAGCUUUAUCUGGGAACAUCUUCCGUCGGUUUUCCGGCGGAGCAAGGAGAAUUUUUCCGGUACCAAUCCGGAUUCUGUGGUGGUCCGGAAUGGCAUGGUUGCAAAUACUUCGAGUUGGGGUGCCGUUUUUAAUACGUUCGAGGAUUUGGAGAGCGAGUAUUUGUGCUGGUGGAGGAAGAAGAUGGGCUUUGUUUUUGCAGUUGGGCCGUUGAAUUUAAUCGGCGUUCCCGACAGUAUGGGACGAGGAAAUCUGAACUCCAGAUCCAUCGAUGGUGGGGUAUUACAAUGGCUGGAUGGAUGUCCCGAUGGAUCCGUCCUUUAUGUGUGUUUUGGGAGUCAGAAGGUACUGAAGAAGGCGCAAAUGGAAGCUUUGGCUAUUGGGCUGGAAAAUAGCGGUGUUCGUUUCAUUUGGGUUAAUAAGCCGGUUACGGCCCAACAACUCAUUGACGGGUAUGGAUCCGUCCCGGACGGUUUUGAGGAUCGGGUUAGUGGAAGAGGCGUAGUUGUGAAUGGUUGGGCGCCUCAGGUGCCGAUACUGAAUCAUAAAGCCGUUGGCGGGUUUUUAAGUCAUUUUGGGAUGAACUCGAUGUUGGAAGCGAUAGUGGCCGGAGUCGUGAUCUUGGGCUGGCCCAUGGAAGCCGACCAGUUCAUAGACGAGAGAUUGUUAGUGGACCAUAUUGGAGCAGCAGUUCGGGUCUGUCAGGGUCUGGAUACCGUGCCGGACCCGGAUGCAUUGGCUCAGAUGAUUAACCUGGCCAUGAGGAAGGAUACGGUGGAGAGGGAAAGGGCCAAGAAGUUGAGGAAUAAGGCCUUGGGAGCUGUUCAAAUUGGUGGUAGUUCCAUCAAGGAUUUGGAUGGGUUUGUGAGUGAGCUGGCCCAAUUGAAUUGAGAAAAGAGUAUUGGUAGUAGUAUGCAAUAAAAGUAUUAAUCAAAGUUUUAUACUACAUAUUACUUCAUCCGCUUUUUAUUAUAACACAUUUUGAUUUGUCAUAAAUUUCACUUAAUAUAUUUUUUCAUUCAUUGUGUUAAUUAUUAGAAAAUAUUUUAAAAUUUUUUUUUUUCAAUUAGUAAAAAUGUAUAAAGUGAAACAUAUGAUAAAUCAUAAUGUCUUAUAAUAAGGAUCGGAGGAAGUACUAUAGUACGUCGAGUUCUGUCAACUACAAGUUUAUUGACUACACUGAGAAAGGAAAAGGUCCAAAUGUGCCAUUUCAUAAAUUCAUUUAUAUUGUAUUCUUUCCGGUCUUUAUUAUAAGCUAUUUUGAUCAUUUGUGUUAAAUUUCUUCUCAAGACAUUUUGAUUUAUCUUAAAUUUUACCUAAUAUGUUUUCUUAAUUGAAAAAAAACCUUUAAAAUAUAUUUUCACAUU